UUGGCGUUGGCAGCACUGGUUAAACAUAAACAAUUUUCUGUCGACGCCCAUGCCCAGCCCUGCAGGAAUCUUCAGUUAUUUUGAAGCUUUAAUCGCUAAAUUAUUUGAGAAAAUAAUCUUCGGGGAAAAUGCCGAUGCUGACUACUUGCUGGUCUCCGUUCAUAUGGAACAAUAAUGUGAAAACAGGCAGUUACGCUGUCGCAUUCUACACAGUGGCGACAAGCAUUAUAAUCAUCACAUGGACCAGUUUCGAGAUGAGUGGUGGAGACUCAAGCCACUUUUAUAUGCCUCUCUUUGAAACUGACGUAGAAGAUACCAUGCAACUCUACGGUGGACUGCUCAUCUUCUUCUUCCUGCUGAUGGUCGUUUUUAGCGUACUGAUGGUUAAAGGGAUUAAAGUCAACAACAGAGGCUACAUCCUGCCCUGGUUGUUUGGCAUGGCAUUUUUGAUCAUCCUGCAAUUUUUGCACGGUGUCUGGCUAAUUUACGGUUAUUACAUCUAUCUUCAAACUGUGGUAGCGUGCCUGGUACUAUAUUUUUGGAUGGGUUACAACAUUUACUGCUGGUUUUGUGUCCACUCCUACUACGCUAUCCUCAGAGAAAUGCAGUCGCCGAACAUUGUUCUCUUGUACCCAUAGGCUCUCCAGCUAGGAGCAAUUUCCUAGACCCACGCUACUUUAUAUCUUAAAAUUAUGUAAUAAGCUAUAUUUUAAUAGACUUCAAGCAUUUCCGUCCAAGAAACGCAAUUAAACUGAUCUUAGAAAGCACUUUUAUGUUGUAAGAAUCUCAAGAUAAGCAAACACGAGAUGGAAAAUUUCAUUUUAAAAUAACUGACUUGUAUAAGACACACACAUUACGAAGUGCGAAUGUUCGUUGAGAGACCAUGUUAGUUUAAUAUCUUAAAUAUAUUACUCAAGUAUAUUGGAACCAUUCCGUCCAGUGAAACACAGCUAUAAAUAUUUUUGUAAUGUCUACAAGAAGAAUUGUGUUUGUUACUUCAUGAAAUAAAGACAUUUUAAGAAACAUAAUUUCUUAAAAAAUAUGCACAA